UCAGGAAGUAAUUCCCCUGUUGUUAUCCUUCACCUUCACAACUCAAAUUAUGUGCAUGUGACGGGUUUUUAUACAUCUUAUUAUGGAUUUACAACUCGAACUUUCCCAGAUAUACUCAAUAUUAUUGUAGCAUUUAGACUUCGCAAUCAAAGUUUAAAAAUUCAGGCUUUCAGAGAAAGUGAGGGCGUACAGUAAAGUCUCAUGUCUCCUGCUGUGGUCCGCACGCCGCUGCAGCUCUACCGCUAUCUGCUGCGCUGCUGCAAACUCCUGCCAACAGCAGCCAUGCAGAAACACUACCAACACGCCAUCAGACAGAGCUAUAACAGUCAUGCGGAUGAAGAUGAUGCAGAAAGGAUUCAGAUGAUCAUUCAAAGAGCCAUAUCUGAUGCUGACUGGAUAUUAAAUAAAUAUACUAAAAAGAAGUGACCCUCUGUGGAGAAGUGUUCAUCAAGCUGACUCAGAACUGCAAACGUCAUGCACCAACUACUUAACACUUGAAAAUGAAACUGACAUCAUACCCACAGGUUAUAAAUGAACACCAAAUGAUCCAUAUAAAUUCGGUCCAUAUAGGCAUUAUCAAGUAUAACAAUUAGCUGAUGUUUCCUUGAUAAGCUCUUGGAAGAGCCUGACGUGUAUGCAAUUAUGUUCUGACAAGUCCCAGACCUACACUUGUGCAAUGCAUUUAAUGUUUAUUUUGUACAUUUUAAUGAAAUGUUAAUAAAUAAAUUUAAUACUUAA